AAAGAAUAAAAAAAAAUGUCCGAAACCAGGAAGCUAAUUUUAGUGCUUUUCUUCGUCGGAAUCCUUUUUCAUUUCUCCGAGCAAAAACCAGCAGCUGCGGAAACCUCGACCACCACCGAUUCCACGCCUUUUCAUCCCGCAGGAGAAUCGGAAACCGAUUCGUCGAGCGAAAAAACUGCGAAAAAUUCCUCGGACAUUCACCGAAAAUUCGUGCCCCCUGUAUCAGAAGACAUUCCUUUCGAUCCAAGCUUGAUUUUGGCCCGAUCAGUUAGGGACCUGGGAGAUUCAAUGGAUUCAAAGUUUGUUCCGGAAAGAAACGAACACUUUGGAAUGCCCGAGGAUGCCGAUAAAACCCUCAGGAGGCUGGCUAGAAGCGCAGAACAGGAUCUGGAUGCUGCAGAGGACGGAUUCGUAAUCAGGCCACUUUUUAAAUACCGGCAGGAGCAAAGAAGAUCAGAAGCCAGGCGAUAUCGAAGCAGGGAUUCCGGCAAUUAUUAUCCGAGAUAUCCGAUAUUUCCGGGAAAAUAAAUUCCUGCAUGAUUACAGUUACGUUGUUUUGAGUAUAGUUUUAUUGUACCGUUUUAAAUAGAUUAUGACAUGUUAAUGUGCACACGAUUGUGAAUUCGAACCAGUCGUACGAUUACGCCGUGAAAUGAUUGGAUUAUCAUUUCUGAUCAUUGAAAUCAUAACACGUGGAUGGGCUAUGCGAUUUAAUUGUAAAUAUUGUAAAUAUUAUAUUUGGGUAUAAUAAGGCUGAUUUUGUAAUACAUGCGAAUAAAACAGUUCGAAACUAGAUUAUAUAA